AUGUUCUCCGCCCCUGCCAAGAAAGCAGCGUAUCUCAUCCUCGCGAAUGCGGAACAGGUAGCUGCGUUGCAUUAUACGUAUGUCCCAAACAAACAGCUCCUCAUCAGUGAACAGUUAUGCCUUAGUCGCAUUAUCAAGUCCCUAGAUAUAGCCAUCCAGUUGAACAGUACCGCAUACACAGGAGAGGCAUAUAUUACGGCAAUAGCGUUGUCAAUCAAGAUCUUCUUGGAAAUUGUGCUGCGUUGCACUACUAAUACGGAAGUGGAUCUCGAAAAUACGGCUGUUCAGCUGAUGGAGGUUUGCAGAAACCCGAGCAGCAGUUAUGUUCGUCUUCUUUAG